UUGGCCGCUGAGCAAAGUAACAUCGCGGCUUGGCAGCCGCGAGAUGCCAGUUGAGUGAAGAGCCAUGUGCUCUUUGCAUACUGGAACUUGGAGCGGCUUGCCGCUGAGAGACGACGCAGCCUUGCGCAAGAAGCGCGAUGCUCGGGAGAAGGCGUGGAUUGCCGAGGUGGCCGCGCUGGACGAGCGGCCGCAGUCACGGGAGACGCUGAUCAGAUGGAACUUGGACAACGGCUCCAAGGACGUCAAAGGCCGGGUGCUGCCGGCGCCCUGGGCACCGCGGCAGGUUCCCCCAGAGUGGGAUAUUCAAGGCCUGGCCUUGACUGUGACACGUUCGCUUGAUGAGGGAGAUAACAGCCCACCCCACGCCUGGGACAAGGAGAUGAUCCAACUCUGCGGCGCCACCGGCCGCGCGGAGCUGCGUGGUCGCGCCGUGGACCUGGUGGAGCCCUACGUGCCCUUGAUGAAGCCUGCGCGGAAGAGCAAGGAGGUGGAGCUGUUGCACCGCCAGAUGCCCUCGCCCUCCAUGGACCGCGGCAGCGGGUUCUGCCGUUUGGAGCCGGCGAAAAUGGAGGCCACGGUGAGGUACAACCUCCGGCUGGACGGGCGCCGGCCCUUCAUGGCAGGCGCUGCCAAAGGCAAGGACUUCACCCGAGUGGCGCAAUGCCUGCCGCAGAAGGAUCUGGCGGCCUGGGACCAGGAGCGCAUUAUGGCGCCGGAGCGGGCAUAUCGCUCUUCAGAGAAAGGCGCGUGCCUCUUCCAAGAUGAGCGGCGGCUCGGCCCUGCGUGGAAGCCCGCAGGCAAGAAUGCCGGGCAGCUCUCGCGGGCUGGCGCCAGCAUCAUGAGGUGAGCAGAGCGAACUCCGCUCGCAGAAGUUAUUCUUGUCCAGACACGUGUUCAGUGGCAGAAACCCUCGUUCCCUAUUUUCUCUUGUUUGGCCA